AGACGGAAACCAUGGACCCCACAAUCCAGGCCCAGGAGGAGAAGAUGCGCAAGUUUGGCCGCGCGCCUCGACCAAGAAAGGGACCCCUCGGCAAGCUCUCCGGCCGGGAGCGCAAGUACUUUGACUCUGCAGACCAUGCCCUGAGCAGCGCAGGUGUCAAGACACAGACGGGCAAGGUCAUUGCCACUGCACAGAACAUCCCUCGCCGCACACAGUCCAAGCCCACAGGCAUGGUCGACCACACACAGGAGGUGAUUGAGACGGACGGCAAGUCGGGGGACGAGCAGGAGACGACCAAGGACACCGCCACCGCCGCCACCGAGAGCCAACCCCAGCAACAGAGCCAAGACGAGAAGCAAAAAACACAACAAAAACAAUCAGAGUAGCUCCAUGUCCGUUCUCGUGCCUGUUCCCAACCACAACCCUACCAGAAAACAAUCUCUUGUUUAUGUCAAACGUGCGUUGCUUUGCCCUCCUCUGCUCUGCAUUACCCUCCUGCAAAUGUACUUCCCCGCGGCGUGUCACAUCAUGUCACCUCGCUUGUUUUUUGUUUGUUUUUUGUUUUCUGUCGCCUCCCUUGUCUCAGUCAUGUUCCCUCGUUCUCCAUGUCACGCCACCACCCCACUUUCCUUCCUUUUGUCCGUGUUCCGCAUCUGAGACAGUAAGCGUGUGCAUUCUUCCUCUCUCCCGUAAAACCCAUCUGUCUGGCUGCUUCGUGUUGACGUGUGUACUGGGGGAAACGUGUAAAGGAGGGAAG